AAAAAAGGCCAAAAGCUAUUUUCGAAAUUCCGCAACCCUCACGGAGGACUUGUAUAGGGCUAUUGGGAAGGUACCUAGUUUUCGGGGGGACGGAGUAAAGAGGGGAAGGUGGAAUUCAGGAUUCCCGUAUAUUUAUGCUGGGAAGGGGAACCGUUAUUGCGGUGGUCGUGUAUCUGGUGGUUUCCUCUCAUAUCGAUGCUCAUUCGUGUCUUUCGCUAAUAGCGAGCGCGACCCUCUCGGCCAUCUUCUUUGGAUGCAUAAGCAUAUACGGAAAUGCUUACAGAGAUGGGUCGGCAUUGAAAUAUCCGGAGUUGGUUUCCUGUUUCUCGUAUUGCUGUUCUUGAGUUGGAAGUCGUCCUUUGUUAUUCGAUAUCCCCCCCUCGUUCGUAUCAUACGUACCAUACCAAUCUAUAUAGCGUUGGCUGGUUUGUGGGACCUGGUUUUCAGCUUUCAGCCGCUAGAUCUUGUAUUGUAUCAUACUAACGCGCGCGGCGUUUGUCCGUCUAAGCCAAUCCUUUUCAUUUGCUCCUCGUGUUUAAGCCCUGUUGCCUCGAUUUUAGUGCGAACUAUUUCUUCAUUUUCAUUUUAGGUGGUGACCAAUUUUUCAUGGAUACCUAUACGGUGUAAGUGUGGAAGAAGUAAGCUGAGGUGGGACUCUAUAGAGUAGAGU